CAGUGGCAACGCCGUCGCGUAACCCGCGUAAGCCAAUGGUUCGGCGGUCUCCAAGGCAAUGCGGAGGGUCCACGCUCCGGCGCCAAGGCGCCCCCGCCCCUGAGUCCGCACUGCAGAGAGCCGUGGCGAGCAGGCGCCAGCGCGCUGGCCCACGUGCCGCGGUUAGAGAGGGAGAGCGAGACGCGGCGAGCGAGCGCCUGGAGAAGACGGGCUUCCGACCCCGGAGCUGCUGCGCUUAGCCUCGCGCCACUCCUGCUGGGACCUGGAUAAGGAAGGACCCCGCCCCUGAAGAAGGCUGUGGGUUUGCCGUCGUCCUGGGAGUUGGCCCAGAUGUCUGUGCAUCACGCCCUGAUCAUUCCCCACUAAAUUAGAUGCCUUAGAGACUGGAGCCAUGCCGUUGACCCUGUUCCAGGACUGGUGCAGGGGCGAACAUCUGAACACCCAGAGGUCCAUGCUCAUCCUGGGGAUUCCUGAGGACUGUGGUGAGGAUGAGUUUGAGGAGAGUCUUCAGGAGGCUCUCAGGCACUUGGGCACAUAUAAGAUUAUUGGCAGGAUGUUCAGGAGGGAGGAGAAUGCCCAAGCGUUUCUCCUGGAGCUUGCCCAAGAUAUGGACUAUGAUUUGAUCCCCAGGGAAAUACCAGGAAAGGGAGGGCCCUGGAAAGUAGUGGUAAAACCUCGUAACUCAGAUGGUGAAUUUCUCAAUAGACUGAACCGCUUCUUAGAGGAGGAGAGGCGGACAGUGUCAGACAUGAACAGAGUCCUCGCAUCGGACACCAAUUGUCCCUUUCCCAGACUGGCCAUAUCACCAGAAUUCUGGACUUGGGCCCAGACCCUGGGGGCAGCAGUACAGCCUCUGCUAGAACAAGUGUUAUACCGAGAACUGAGAGUGUUUUCUGGGAACACUGUGUCCACUCCAGGGGUGUUGGCCUUCGAAGCCUGGCUUGAGCACACCACUGAAGUGUUACAGAUGUGGCAGGUGCCUGAGGAGGAAAAGAGGAGACGGCUGAUGGAAUGCUUGCGGGGCCCUGCUCUGCAGGUGGUCAGCGGGCUCCGAGCCCACAACGCUGCCAUAACUGUGGAGGAGUGCCUGGCAGCCCUGCAGCAGGUGUUCGGACCUGUGGAGAGCCAUAAAAUCGCCCAUGUAAAGUUCUGUAAGGCCUAUCAGGAGGCAGGAGAGAAAGUCUCUAGCUUUGUGUUACGGUUAGAACCCCUGCUCCAACGAGCCGUAGAAAAAAAUGUGGUAUCACGAAGGAAUGUGAAUCAGGCUCGUCUGAAACAAGUGUUAGGUGGGGCCACCCUUACUGACAAACUUCGGGACAAGCUUAAGCUAAUGAAACAGCAAAGGAAGCCUCCUGGGUUCUUGGCACUGGUGAAGCUCCUGCGUGAGGAGGAGGAGUGGGAGGCCACCUUAGGCCCCAAGAGGCAGAGGCUGGACCAGCUGGAAGCAGGCAUGAGAUCAGCUGCCAGAGCCAGUGGUUUCAGACCAGUGUGUUUCCCUGCCCCCAGCAAUACUCUACAGGCCAGGCCUCCCCAAAGUUCCCUGCGCAGGAGAGGCAGAGGCCAGCACCACAGGGAGGGUGUGUCCAGGGCUGGCUCGGCUGCAAUGGAGUCGGGAAAUGGGGGCUGGGCUUGGGACAAGAGCCAUCCCAAGCCCAAGGCCAAGUAGGCUCAGGAAAACAGGGCAGCUCUUCUUACUAUAGGCAGAGGAGACAAAGGAGAUGUUGGAAGAAAGGGAAGGGGCAGUCCGCACAAACAGCAGAGGACUUGAGUAGGGCAGAGGGGCCAGGUAGUCAGGCCCAGGCCAAGCCCCCUUGCCCUCUACCAGCUGAAAGGGACUCUACCCGUGAAGCCGAAGACGGCUCAUGGUGGGCCAAGCACACGGUCCUGAAGAAGUACCAGCAACACAAACAAGGGGCCACCACACCCGGUACAUGUGUUGCUCCAGCCACGGGAGGGGACUCCACCACAGCAGAGGCUGAAGGAGGUGCAACUGGGGGCUCUGGCCUCGGCCCCUUCAUUUGGCCACCCCCAAACGCCCACCCUGUGUGCUCUGAGCUACGAAUGCCGACCGGCUGCCAGGCCACGCGGGGCCUGGAGGAGGCUUCCCCAGGGCCGACCGUUCCAGAAGGAGCCAGUAUGGGCGAGGAAGAGCUGCUGCACAGAGAGGGUUACUGGAGACCUGGAGAGAGCACGCAGAGAACAGGGACAGGCCUGGAGAACCACGACUCAGCAGCUGCCAAGGCCAACUCCAGCCCUAAACCCUUCCAACUUGGGUAGCCAGCCUGGGAGCACCCUCAGCAGCCUGUCCCGGCCUAGGUUUAGGCCAACCGCUGCUUGUUCUUGUGGAGAUGUGUGUGUUUUUGUGUGAGCAGUUUUCUCCCGCUGACCACCCCACCGUGGAGACCCAGAGCCCAGCCCCAGGCGACUGCGGGCACGGCCGGUGCUCACCCUCUGACUUCAGGAAGGAAGAACUGGACCAGGGCCAGAGGGGGACUGCCAGCGUCUCCACGGGGACUGUGCUCUGAUGUCUCACCCUGUUGUUCCUUGUGACUCAGUUUACUUGGCUUGGUGGAAUGUCCGCUGCUGUGUUUUCCAGCAUCCUGUGACUGUCCUGUGCAGGCCAUAGGGCAUAGCCAGACCUCAGUAUGUGAGCCGGGGAUGGGUGGGAGGAGGGAUGCCCUGUAGUGAGUGGACAUCGCCAGUGUCCAUCGUCCUUCAGUGGCCAAUCGUGGGGCCCUCAGGAAGGGGGACUAUGGCGGGAAGACCAAGGUGAGGGGGCACAGCUGAGACACCUUUACAGGGUCCCCAGAAGGAGGGGGUCCCAAGUCCUAUGGAUUCUAGUGGCCAUUAAAAGUUCAUUUCUGUGUUUUCGUUCCCUUUCUUCAAUGGUUUCAGUAAAUAUUUCUGUUAAAUAAAUGUCAUUGAAUAUUUUGGUGGAGUCUCGCCUCUGCUGUGGGCAGUUGAGGGAAGGAUCUGCUGGGAGUGGGGUUGUACAAGAGUAGCCUGGGACCCCGAGUCAGUAUUGGGGUAUAGUGAAGGCAGGGUACAAGAGAUGCUGUGAGGUCCCUGGGACUGGACAGCACCGGUAGCAGCAACUCAUGGACACGGGCAGUGGCUGGUUGGGUCCCCAGAAAUCUCAGGGAUCUUCCAGGAAUAAGUGGGUUAGGCAUUGAAGAAAGGGGAAGGGACAGCAGGCAGGACUGGAGGCCCCGGGAUCCCUGGCUGGGGUGUGGAGUCUCAGGGUGUCCAGUCGGGUCAGGGAGGUCACAUGUGCAGUCCAAAGAGGGACCUGGGUGGCUGCCAAUAUUCCUUGGUUGUUUCUGCAUCACUCCAAUCUUCAAGGUCAGAAUUUUCCAAUGUCUGUCUGUACCUUCUUAUAUUGCGUUCUACUCCUCAGCAUGUGUGUGCAUACGUGUGUGUGCACAUGCAUGCAUGCAUGCAUGCGAUCUUCUUUGAGUCUCUCUUAUAAGGAUAGUUGUGAUUCGAUUUAAGGCCCAUCCAGAUAACCAGGAUAAUCUCCCCAUCUAAAAAUCCUUAACUUAAUCAUAUCUGCAAAUUCCUUUUUCCCAAAUAAGGUUAUAUUUACAGGUUCCAGGGAUUAGACCUGCAUUCUUUGAGGGCCUUUAUGCAGCUUACUACAGGUCCCAAUUUGUGCCCCUGCUCUAUUCCAACCUACUGGGCUCACCUUUCCCUUCCACUGAUAUCUUCUGUUGGAAAGUUCCUGCAGAUAAUUGUCUAAUAAAUCCACACAAUAAAACA